AUGGCCGAUGCCCGCUGCCGCAGUACGGGCGGCCUCAAGUUCGACGCGUCCGAGCCGCCGCGCCUGCAGCGCCAGGGCGCGCUAGAGCACUGCGGCAAGUACUGGAAGCACUCGUGCUGCAACGCGACGCACAACCUGCCGUUGAAGCGGCUCGUGCUCGAACCGCUCGUCGCCAACGUCAACCGCCGCUGCCAGUCGCUCUCGGAAGAGCUCACGUGCUCGGCGUGCCACCCGCUUGUCGGCGCCGGCGCCAUCGACCGCAUCUGCAUCGACCUCUGCGACGACUGGUUUGACGCGUGCAAGGACGAGUUUUACAUGGCCGAGCACCACCGCCUCGCGCCGUGCUACGGCAACGCGCUCGUCUGCUCGCCGCUCAAGGACAUUGUGACCACGGGCGCGGCCUUUUGCCGCCACAUGGGCUACACGCCGGGCAAGGCCACCGACGCCGAGGGCAAGGACUGCUUUGACGGGUCGGUCCCCGACACGUACGGCGAACCCGAGCCGGCCGAGAAGGUCUCGGACGCGCUCUUCCGCAUCUUCCAGGAGCAGUCGUCCGAGCCGACCGAGUUUGUGCUGGUCGUGAUCCUCGGCACGAUCCUCUCGCUCUUCCUCUCGAUCAAAUUCUUCAAGCGCUGGCACCAUGCGCACCAGGAAAUGAACCGCGAGGCCGCGCGCCGGCGCCAGCAAGAGGCAUACCGAGCGAGCUACCACCUCGGAAAGGCCGCCGACACGGGCGCGACCGACGACGUCUCCAACUCGGAGUCCGAUUCCGACUCGGACUCGGACGACGCGCCCCAUCGUGGCCUGCCCAGCGACGUCGGGGACACCCACGAUGCUUCAACGCACGUCGAGUAG